AUGUCAGCCUUCAAUAGAGGCUACGCUCAAUCGCUGAACGGUUUCUGGCUACAGGCGGGCAUCACACUAUGCUCCGCAUGGGCAUUCACCCUCUUCGGCUAUGAUCAAGGUGUCCUCGGUGGGCUCAUUGCGCUGCCAAAUUUUCUCUCAGCAAACCACAUCGACCCUCAAGCUGCCGACCUACAAGGGACCAUCGUCGCAAUAUACGACAUCGGCUGUCUGACAGGUUGUAUCGUUUGUGGGUUCGUUGGCCAGAUGCUCGGUCGGCGCCUGUUCAUUGUGAUUGGAGGUGUCCUUGUUUGCUUUGGUGCUGGGCUACAAGCCGGAGCACAUGGUACGGCAUAUCUGAUCUCUGGCCGUGUCAUUGCUGGCUUAGGCAUGGGCCUGAAUACGACGAUGGUCCCAAUCUGGGUUGCUGAGACGUCCAAAGCAAAGACUCGAGGAGCCUUGAUCGCAACCCAGCUGUCAAUAGUGAUUCUCGGCCUUACGAUCGCUUAUUGGUUCGACUAUGGGAUGAUUCGUAACCAUCCCAACACGGAGGCUGUCUGGCGCCUGCCCAUCGCGUUCCAGGUGGUCUUCAUCCUCUUGACAUUUGCGACUAUAUUCUUUCUGCCCGAGUCACCCAGGUAUCUGUACGCCCAAGGCCACAUUGAUGACGCCGAUCAUGUCAUGGCUCGCAUCUACUCUGUGCCGGUCGACAGCGCUGAGGUGGCCAAGCAACGAUCGGACGUGUUCACCGCUCUUGAGGCAGAGAAAGAAUACAACUUCACCAUCAAGAACCUCUUCUACGACAAUUCUCCCGUCAACACGACUUGGCGCUUGUGGCUCGGUGUCCUCGUGCAGUUCUUCCAGCAGAUGGACGGGAACAACAUCGUGUCAUACUAUGCGACCUAUCUGUUCAUCAAUUCACUCGGAAUGUCGCAGAACCAGGCGGCCAUCACGAGCGGUGGCGUGACGCUACUCUUCCUUGGAGGAACCUGCUCGACGAUCUACACCAUGGAGAAAUUUGGUAGGAGAACAGUCAUGCUAUGGGGAGCCGUAUUCUGCUCGCUUUUCAUGAUUCUGUUCACGAUCGGUCUCGGUGUCAACAACGACUCGUCGAACAAGCUUGCUGUGGUCAGCAUCUUCUUGUUCGAGUUCUGCUUUGGGGCCUCUUGGUGUGAUGCGCCAUGGAUAUACGUGCCGGAGAUCGCACCGCUUCACGUCCGCCAUAUUGGCACUUCCAUGGGAGUAUUUACCCAGUGGAUCAUCACCUUUAUCGUGGUCAAAUUCGGACCAAUGGGUAUUCAGUCGUCCGGUUGGAAGUUCUAUCUCCUGUUUUGCGUCUUCAACGUCCUAGCGAUCCCUUUUGUCUACUUCUGUGUCAGAGAAACAAAGGGGCUAAGCUUGGAGGAGAUCGAUCUGCUUUUUGCCAAGAAGGAAUACAGACAUGUGCUGCAGGCGAGGCUGAGGGGCGAUCCUGAGGGAGCAGAGAAGGGUGGCGUUGACGAGCAGGAGGUGGCUCUGGAGCCGGUCGAGAAGAGCUAA